GCUUCUGCCUUUCACAACAGCGUUGCCCACUUUGUUGCUUUUAGAAGAGCCGUGACAGAAGUCGUAAUUUCGCUACUUUGCAGGUGUGAAUUGGGGGAUGAAGACAUGACGCAGACAACGUUGUGAAAGGAAUGCUGUGUUCAGCUGCCAAACAACCGACUCGACCACUUGAGAAUUAGUUUCAGGAGUCAAGUUUCCUAACAAGGAAACGCAAGAUAAAAAGACAACAAUAGGUGAAAAGUGGCAACAGGGACCAUUUUGUCAAGGCUCAAAAAUGAGGGGCCUUUUUCUGGUGGAGCCUCUUGUGGCCCUGUACGCCUUCUCCAGCUUUCUCAUUUACCCUCUGGUGCAGCAGUUUGUGUACCGGAGGCUCUGGGAAGAGCUGACCAACACCCCCUACCCCAUCUCUCAAAACAACUCCAGGUGUGCGGGAAGCAACAGCAGCGACAACCACUCAAGCUUUCACGAGGAGGUUCAACGACAGGCGUCGCUCUUCUCCCUCUAUUCAGACCUCUUCUCCCUCAUCCCCUCACUCAUCGUCACUUUUAUGCUCGUUGCCUAUAGCGACCGCGGUGGACGUAAGAUCACCAUCAUCCUGCCACUGUUUGGCACGUUGAUCUACACCUUGUCCUUCCUGGCGGUGUCCUACUUCCAGCUCAACAUUUACUUGCUACUCGGCUCGUCGCUCCUCAGUUCUCUGUUUGGCGGCCUGGGCACGUUCCUCGGCGGCUGUUUCGCCUACAUCGCGGACUUGUGCGAGGAUGGCCCUCAGAAGACACUGCGCAUGGCAAGGUUGGACAUGAUGAUCGGCCUGUUGACUGGAGUGUCUUUGAUAUCAACUGGCUACUUCCUGAGAGCCGCAGGCUUCAACUGGCCCUUCCUAACCUCGGCUUUAUUCCAGUGUUUGAACCUCCUCUAUGCAAUUUUCAUCCUGGAGGAGACUGUGAAGUCAGUACCAGCUGACGUCCUCACUCUGGGACAGCCUCCUCAGAGUUCUGCCCUGAAGCAGAUGAUCUUUGGAGUCUCGGAGAUGUUUAAACAUGCCAGCAGAAGGUGUAAAACAGUUUUGAUCCUCCUCAUGCUCAUCUUCACCAGCUUCACCUUUGCUUAUGUGGGCGGGAUCUCCCCGAUGACACUAUAUGAGCUCAACGAGCCACUGUGCUGGACUGAGAUCUUGAUUGGAUACGGCUCAGCUCUGUCCACCUCUGUGUUCCUGGUCAGUUUCGUGGGAGUGUUUGUGUUCACGUACUGCGGUGUGCCGCAGCUGCUCAUUGUCCUGAUGGGGAUCCUAUCCGUCGUGACAGGCAUGACCCUCGUGGCAUUUGCUAGGACCACGUUAAUGAUGUUUAUAGUGAAGGUGCCGAUGCUUCUGUCCAUCAUGCCGUUCCCUGUCCUGCGCUCGAUGAUGUCAAAGAUCAUCUCAAAGUCUGAGCAGGGAGCCCUGUUUGCCUGUCUUUCCUGUCUGGAGACUUUCAUUAACAGUGCAUCAGCUUCAGUCUUCAGCAGUGUCUAUGCCGCGACAGUGGCCUGGUUCCCGGGCUUCUGCUUCCUGUUAUCUGCGGGACUUUGUAUCAUUCCUUUAAUUACCCUCGGGGUGGUGGGAGUGAUAGGAGUGGAUGUUGCCAAAGAGGUCACGAAGCCUGAAAGCGAUCCCGACGACGACGAGAACGAAAACAGUCCUCUCCUCAGCUGAGCCACAGGAGCAAACCACCACAACCUCCCCCAGCACUUUGUUUAUUUUUUUUCCCUUCAGUUGUUUAGUCAGAGAUACGUUCUCCAAAAGUACCUCAGUGGCUGUUGUUUUCAGGUCUUUACUUUACUGGUGCAGGUCAAGGAUUCAUCUGACAGACAUCGAGGAGUUGUAGCCAAACAUGUCCUGCGUCAACAAUAAAGUGCAAGGGUUAUUUUCACAUUAACGCGGCAGCAUCGAUAGACAAUUCAAAACGUUUAAAGGGAUUUUAUGGGGUGUUCAUCAAACAGGUUCUAUACUUCUUAGUUCCAAAUGAAAAGGUGUGGGUGUGUUGCUCUGUGAUUUCAUUCCAAAUGUUGUGUCAUUGAACUCAAAACAAAGUGGAAAUAAUGCAAAAAAUGUAAUGACAAAUGUUUUCUUUUGCAACACGAUGGGAAACCUCACUAGUAGUAAAAUUUGAACACAAGCUUUAUAUACUUGUCUCAGAGGGCGCUGAAAGUCCAACAAGGGAUACUCUCAAGAGUGCAAUAACAGUUUAAAGUUGUGUCAUGUGCUGUUUAUUACAAUUAAAAGAGUGCAAACUGGAACAUAUUUAUAUAAUAGUUUGAUGAAUUCUGCCGUGUCUCGGAUGGGGGGGAAAGGACGUGACCAUUUUCUUUUGAAGUCGGUGUAAAUUAUUUUGUAUUUUAGGUCACAGUACUUGUGGGUUUGAACAUGUCUUAAAAAGAAAAGAAUAAAUUGAUCCAAAUCUAAGAAGUGUCCAGGUGAUCUUUCUCUUAUCAACCACGAGAUGGCGAUGUUGGUCCAGAGAAUCCGAAUCAUUGAGACGCUGUACCUGAAUCAACAGCCAACACCCUUAAGAAUGAUGCAUAUCCUGGUGUUUUCUCUUAGAUUAAUUGUUACGAGUGUCCACAUAUCACUGUGAACCUUAAUCAUGUUUAUUUAAUGUCUGGAAACCACUGAAUAAACAUCUCUAAACAUAA